AUGAAAAAUAUUGAUGAAAAAAAACAAUUGACUAAAGUCUUACUUGCAGGUUUCCUAGCUUAUGUCUAUAAAGCAUCAGAGUUUACUGUAGUUUCUUUUCAGAACAGAUUAAUUGAAGGAUCAAAAGUUAGUAAUGAUGAACAUGUACCUUGUUUAUCUGAGCAAAAUGUGAUUACUACGUGGUAA